AUGCUUGAUCGCUAUUGUAUUGGGGCAGGCGUUCUCAUCUCAGUCAUCAAAAUCCCUCAGAAACAAAUGGACCUGUUUGACAAGCAGCACCCAGCCACGAGUGCCUCGCAUUGGGAGCGCGCAGACCCGCGCUGGCUCGACCACCAGUUUACGAGCCGCAUGCGUGCUGGGUUUCGACCGACGCGCGAGGACGACCCCGGCGAGUGGGACGCGCGCAUGGCCUUCUGGACGGCGCUGAUCGAGGCGAGCGCAGACCCGGCCGUCGCGGGCUCCAGGCAGGCCAGCCUCAGAGUGCGCGAACGCACCCUCGCAGACCAGUUCACACAGCAGGGCAGCGGCAGCGGCAGCGCGCCACAGUGCCUCGGACAAGUGCUUGAACACAUGGAGAAGCAGGGCUUGAUCAUGACGCGCAAGUCGUUCAGUGAAUCCUCGUCCAUCUUUGCCCGCGUAGCUCAGUUUGCAGCGGCAAGAAUUUUGACAGCAUCGCCAGUACUAUCGCCGUUGCGCGAUCGGUGGCUGGGGCCCAAGACACAGGAGGAAUACGUGCUGCUAAACCCGCUGAAAUCCUUGGCAGAGAAAAUGCUGCUGCGGCAUCAAGAAAAUGCGCUGCAUGCCAUCACCGACAACGUGCUCCUGGAAUCAGAAUUUCUGAAAGAAUGCGCCCAACUAAGCGGCUUGGCGUCUCCAGACGACGCGCGUCUCGUCUUGCGUCAGCUCGAGCGUAUGGGAAACGCUAGCAUUCGACAGCUGCCUGGAAGCAACGAAAAGGUUAUCAAGAUAUCGACACAGAUCGGGUCGUUCGAAGACACGGAUGUCAAAAUUGGGUCGAUUAAAUACGCCCAGUCUCUCCUAGUGAAACACAUUCAAGACCUUCAAUCACGAAUUGAUGAGUUCAAAUCUAAGGCGCUCGCGCUUGCGACCACAAAGCGGAACGAAGCACUGCGAUGCGUCAAGCUGAAGCGCGAGCUUGAAGUCAAGCUUGAGCAGCAGCACAGCGCCCUUCAUAACAUUGAAAAGAUUCUACUAGAGAUUCAGAAUUUGGAAGUUCAGCGCGAGAUCAUGCGCUCGUAUGUCGCUUCCGUGGAUGUCAUUCGUGACGUCCGAAAGGCUUUUGGCCUCGAUGUGGACAAGAUUGACGCAACUAUGAUGGAUUUGCAGGAUGUGUUGGACGAGCAGGCGGAAAUCGAUUCUGCGCUCCAAUCAGGCGGAAACCACGACAACAUUGACAUGGACGAAUUGGAGCGCGAACUCGCUGCCCUCAGCGUCGAGCCUGCGACUACUGCUGCCCAAGAUCCUCCAGUACCUGCUGCAUCAACGGCCUUGAACUCACAAGCGAGUGCCGCCAACGUUGCAAGUGAGGUCGACGCGGCUGCAGCCAAGGUCACCGCUGACGCGCAACCUGUCAAACCAGCCCAGCCUCCACGACAGGCUCAGCUCGCCUCCUAGCUGUGUCAGCUUUAAGCGGCGUGUACGAUUUUCGUUAUAGUCAGGGUCAGGCGAUUUCAACUGGGUACCCAUCCAAUUUGAUCAUCAAUCGCAUCAGUCGCAUCAGUCAUCAUUCGCCUCUGUCAACCAUAAACAUCCUUGUAUUUUUGUGUACAUCGUUCAAUCGCAAGUCAAGAAACG